UAUCAGUUUGAUGCUGUUGAGAAUGGAAGGCUCAAAACUGUGGAGUACCUUGUCCAGUCUGGAGCCUCAGCUGUUGUCAAGGAUCAAGGUGGUAUGACRUUACUGCAUGUUGCRGCCAGAAGAGGRCAUAACAGCAUUAUACGCUAUCUAUUGGACACUGGCAAGUUUGAUGUCAAUCAAAAGGAUGAUGGYGGCUGGACUGCCAUCAUGUGGGCAGCAGAAGAUAAAAUGGUUGAAACUGCUAAACUCCUUUUAGAAAAACAGGGGAAUGUYCAUCUGAGAGAUUUGGAACUCAACAUCCCGCUUCACUGGGCCGCGUAUGCUGGAAGUUACAACAUGGCGCUUCUACUGCUUGAUAGCUUAUCGGAUAUUCACUCUGUCAAUAAACAUGGAGAAACACCAUUGCAUGUGGCUGCAAGGGAAAAUAAUUAUUCCUGUGUUCAGUUAUUUACAAGUAGAGGAGCAAAAAUUGACAUUACCAAUAAYGAAGGAAAAACACCUCUUGAUGUCGCUCUAGCUGACACAAAGUCUCGUCAACUGUUAGAAACCAAACAAGCUCUAAUGCUUUACUCACUCGAAUCUAAAUUUAGGAUAUUAAGUUGUGAUAUUUCCAGGGGACAAGAGAAUGUAGCAAUUCCUUGCGUUAAUGAGGUUGAUGAUGAUCCAUUACCCGACUUCACGUUCGUCAAAGAGUGUUGUGAGGUUGGAGGAGAUAGCAUAGAAUGGAACAUUAACACCAUUCAGGCGUGUAUAUGUGACGGCGACUGCGGCAAUAACCCAUCCUGUUCGUGUGGUAAAAUGUGUGAUGAUGAGCAAAUUUGGUAUGAUAAGGAUGGUUUAUUAAAUUUAGAGUUACAGAAUAUCGAUCGACCCUUAAUCUUUGAGUGUAACAAGAUGUGCAAAUGUUGGAGUUAUUGUCGCAAUCGAGUCGUUCAAAAAGGGAUGCUGUAUCCUCUCCAAUUGUUCAAAACGAAAACUAAAGGUUGGGCCGUACGUGCGUUAUCUCAAAUCCCUAAAGGAGUAUUUCUGUGUGAAUAUACUGGCGAACUUAUUUCUGACGCGGAAGCAAACGCCAGAGAAAGUGAUACUUACCUUUUUGACCUGGACUGUAAGGAAAGUGAUCACAUGAUGUACUGUAUAGACGGUGACAAGUACGGCAAUAUAAGUCGUUUUAUCAAUCAUUCGUGUGAACCAAAUUGUAUACCAACGCGAGUAUUUAUCGAGCACCAGGAUAUACGAUUUCCUAGAAUAGCCUUCUUUUCUUCAAAAGAUAUUGAAUUCCACGAAGAAAUUUGUUUUAAUUAUGGAGACAGAUUCUGGGAAGUAAAAAUAUCKGAAUUUUACUGUGAAUGUGGAACAYCAUCUUGCAAUUACAAAGCGCCUUCUUGAUGACCGUGUUUUUAGGCAGGUUAUCUUAAAAAACUAUUUAUAUCAGAGUACAGAGUACAUAUAAAUUAUAAAUAAGACUUUGUAAAUAUUAUAUUAUAUAUUUUUAUUUUGAAUUUUACAAUAUUAUAGCAUGUACAAUGUGUUUUUUAUUUAAGAUGUAAUAAAUGUUCCUUUUCUGUGAUUUGAAAAUUACUUUUUUAAAGUAUUUUCAUUAAAUAAGAGAAUUUAUCUUCUCUUCACACAAUUCUAUCAUUUAGGAUGGUAAAUAAAUUCACAUUUUAUACGAAUUGCGCUCAUUAUACAAAUUAUUGACAAUAAUUCGGAAUUUUUCAACGUUAAGUUCAAGUUCAGUUGACKUGUGGAGGACCAUUAUAUUCUUUGAGAGUAGAUUCCAAUGGAUUAAUGGAGAGAAGAAUGUAGUAUAGGUAGAAACCAUUUGAAAUAAAAGAAUUUGACGACGAGAA